AUGGCGACCGCCAGCUCACCCAAAGAGCGCCAGCUCUUGCAGCAGGCGGAGAAGAUUCUGCUGCACCCAAUUCAUCCGCACCUCAUUUCCUACUGUCCUACCAUGGACCUGGUUGCAGUGGUUACGGAUGAAGAGAAUCUGGACGUCUACAGGAUCAAUGGGCAAAGAGCUUUUGGUUUAAAGAGAAAGAGUGACGAUGUGAGCGUUGUCGAGUUGCAAUGGGAAUUCAGCGGCAAAAGCAUCGCUGUUAGUUGGACUGAUGGCAGUACCGACCUGGUCAGUGCCGAGACGGGCAAGAUUACGCACAAAGACCUUAGACUGCCAGAAGUUGAGGAUGAGACACCAACACAGGUCAAAUGCAUGGGCUGGGGUCUGAACUUUAUCAAUGUCGAAACUGUGAAGAGGCGGACGGGCUUGAAACCAAAGACGAAUGAUGGUACCACGCCUGCGAAGACGGACAUUUUUGGGCAUCCGACAACAGAGGACUGGGAUGGCUUGAAGGAUGACACGACGCUCGAGGACUUUUUGCAGCGACAACCUGACUUCCAGACGUUGGAUGUCGCGCCGGAUCUGCCUGAUCAGCUCGCUAUGAUGGAUAUGGAAGCGCUGCUACCGAAACUUCCUGCGAUACCACUUCCACCAGCAUUACCGUUUAUGCGCGUUUCUCAGGCGGACUCUGGGGCACUCAGCUCCUCGCCCACGAAGAAAAGUAUAGCUUAUGUUCCGUUGACUCUGAACUUUAUACCUUCAGCAGGUAUCUACCUCCACCUCAUCGCGGCAAAGACAUCACAGCUACAAAAUCUACUCUUGUAUAUUACACAAACGCUCCAACGCAUCCGCGCCUUCUUCAAGCACUCGCAAGACCUGCCCCGAAAAUUCAUGAUGAACAUUGAAGAAACACUCGAAGAGAAGGGCCUAGGCGACCUCGUCACCAACCUCUUCCACAUAGCAUGUACAGGACACUGCAACCCAGUGGUGAAGGAAUGGCUCGUCGACGAACUAGCAGAAGGAGGCCACAAACGCUGGGACACAACCGUCACAACAUCCUUCACCACACUCCUCGCUCUCCUACACGAAAACCUCAUCCCGGCACUAGACCGCUGUUCGAUUGUGAUAUCGCGUCUCCGGGGGUUAGCCCAAUUCCACGACCGCGACUGGAUCUUCUCGGGCCCAAUCUCAGACUUUACAGCCUUACUACAGACGCUGAAGAAAAUGCGCCUCCUAGCCCACACCGCCAUGCUCUACGCCAGCGAAGAGAAGCGCCAAUUCCACAGCUUCAGCAAAUGGCUCCGUUUCACAAUCGACUUUGAAGCCACAGAGCCCGAGUCGCAGUCGCGCACGGAAAUGGAGCAGCGCGACGCUGGAGUGGAUAUAUCGCAGGUUCUGGCGUACAUCCAGUACGGUCUCACAAAGUCGGAUGUGACGCCCUUUUUACGACCUGAAGCACAGCUCGAUCCCAAGACCAAAGCCAGAGACGAAGCGAGCUACGGCGACACGAAUAAAGCGAUUGAAUUGCUGAAAGAAGGCGCGAGUUUCAAGGAAGAAGCUCUGUGUCUGGAACAUGUAGCCGGUCACUUGAGCACAGGCGUUACAGGGCUGUUGAAACAGGUUAGUAAAUGGCAGGAAGCUAAUAUACAAAUGGACUCUGGUAUUGUACUCGAAGAGGGUGAGAAGGACGAUUAUGAAAUCUUGGAUAUGAGGAUGGUGUUUGAUCCCCUAGCACCCCCACUACCAGCAUCAUCGCCAUCACCCGCAGACGACACACCAGAAGACCCGAUAUCAACAUACAUACUCCUCUCCCCCCCAUCCAACCCCUCCACCCUACACAUCCACCGCAUCACCCACGCACCCAAUAUAACGCACCUGGCAAAAGAUACGCUGUCGUACAAUGUGUCUACACUGGAUUUUGCAUCUUCCUCCUCAGAAGCUGCGGGCCAGCAGACAAAGAUUCUGGAUGCGAAAUUCGCUGAUGAUGGUAUGGUGUUGCUUCUCUUGCAGCAAAGCCAACCGUACAACACUACGGCUAAUCAGGAACAACAUCGCAAUACUAUUAUAUCCCUACCCUACACAUCCACACGCUCACCAACGACCACUUCCCCUUCACUCAUCUUCCCCGAUCCCCGAUCCCACACUCCCAGCACAGCACUACCACCAAAAUCCCUCCUCCCAAAAGGCCACCCCGCACCGCUAUCCCACCGCAAUACUAUCAUCAUGACACCCCCCAUGCUUCAAAAAUACACGCGUCAUGUCUUCGAAGCAAGGUUUACGCCGCUUAAGCUUGUGGUUAAUGGGCGCAAGGGCCGGAGGGUGAUUGUAGUGUUGGGGAGUGAUUGUAAACAUUAUCGCGUGUUGGAUAUGGAUUACAAGGUUAAGAGGGGGAGGAAGGAGGGGGAUGGAGGUGGGAGUGAUGGGAACAUUGAUAGCGAGGAUAGUGAUAGUGAUAGUGAUGAGGAGCGGGGUGGAAGGGGAGAUGGAGAUGUGGAGAUGAGUGAUGCUUGA